UGGGAAAGACAUCGUUGAUCACCAGGUUCAUGUACGACAGCUUUGACAACACUUACCAAGCCACAAUAGGAAUAGAUUUCCUAUCAAAAACCAUGUAUCUUGAAGACAGAACAAUCAGGUUGCAGUUGUGGGACACGGCGGGGCAGGAGCGGUUUCGCAGCUUAAUUCCGAGUUACAUCAGAGACUCGGCUGCUGCCGUCGUAGUUUACGACAUCACAAAUGUCAACUCCUUCCAGCAAACCACAAAGUGGAUUGAUGAUGUCCGAACWGAGAGAGGAAGUGAUGUCAUCAUCAUGUUGGUGGGAAACAAGACAGAUCUUGCAGACAAAAGGCAAGUAUCUAUUGAAGAGGGUGAGCGGAAAGCCAAAGAACUAAAUGUAAUGUUUAUUGAGACUAGUGCGAAAGCAGGCUACAACGUGAAGCAGCUGUUCCGUCGUGUGGCAGCCGCCCUCCCUGGCAUGGAUACCACACAGGACAAGAGUAGAGAGGACAUGAUCGACAUCAAGUUGGAGAAACCAACAGAGCAGCCUGCCAGUGAAGGAGGAUGUUCCUGCUAAUAUUCUCACCCAUGUUUGUUUGUUUGUUUGUUUUUCCUGGAAUCCCAUCAGUUUUUUUGUAUAAACCCUUCACUACAGUCAUCUCUGUUAUCCAGCCUGACUAAGAACACUACGCUUGUUUUUUUUUUUUUUUUUUUUUUGGUUGUUGUUGUGAACCCUCCCCUCUCUUUCAUUGGGACGCUCUGGAAGCCACCUAUCACUUUAAUCAGAUCUUAUCACUGUACCAGAUGUUUGCUGAAACUGCUUACAGCCGGAGCUCGUCCUUCUGCAGAGCUCUGGUUGUUUCAGAGGAAGAUGGUGUGACAAGUGUAAUGACUCACAUCAGUGUCAUUUAUCUUUAAGGGGUGACGUUUUAUUUUUUUAACCAAAUGGAAUGAAUGUCCAGCUGGUUUUCAAAUCAGUAWGUGUUCAGGCUAUAAGCAGACAUGCACUGCAUGACUAUGAUGCACAGCAAUCAGCUAAGGUUUUACUUUAAAUGUUUAAUUGUCUGCAUUAGCAGAGAUUACUCUCCCACCUUUCUACAAGCACAUAUUCACAAGUACAUACUGAACCACACUAUUAAUACAAUUCAGUGRAACCACACUACCAAAUGUCAAACACAUUGACCGUCCUUCCUCUCCUCCUGCACAGCAUCUCUAAGAUGGGUAAUUGUUUUCUUGAAUUCCCAUUUCUGGUCCCUUUGUUCUCUCAUUGACCUAAUUUUUUUCUAUGUUUAAGAGGAUUUUCACCUAAACUCAGUACAGAAAACAUAAAUGGAGAGAUUUUGGGAGUGAAAUUAGAGAGGGCUUCCUUAGCUUUAGGUAUAUGAUCUUGUAUGAACACUUUCUAAACUUUGUUUCACUUUUGCUCGUUUUUACUUUUGGAGCGAUCAGUAAACACGCAUAUUUAAUUCACAA